CGACUGGGGGCUUGAAUGCGGGUAGGGGGAGCCGGACCUCUGGUUUCCUGGAAACUUUUGGUCCGUGGCCGAGGUAGAGGGUCUCUGGGGAGUGGUUGUCUCGGGAACUCUGAGCGGAACCUUUGCCCUCAGAGAAGGACAGGAGUCUCCUUGGUUUCUCUCCCCACCUUCGCGGCCCUUCCAUUUGUCACCUGUUUGCUCACCACUUCGGUCUUUGGUACUUGGUGCAUGCUAGGCAAGUGCUCUACCUAUGAGCCACGUCCCCAGGCCAGAUUGUUGAGCACAUCCACAUGGAGGCUGGCACAGGACCAAACUCGAGACACUCAACUUAUAACAGUUGAUGAAAAAUUGGAUAUCACUACAUUAACUGGUGUUCCAGAAGAGCAUAUCAAAACUAGAAAAGUCAGGAUCUUUGUUCCUGCUCGAAAUAACAUGCAAUCUGGAGUAAACAACACAAAGAAAUGGAGGAUGGAGUUUGAUACCAGGGAACGAUGGGAAAAUCCUUUGAUGGGUUGGGCAUCAACGGCUGAUCCUUUGUCCAAUAUGGUUCUAACCUUCAGUACUAAAGAAGAUGCAGCUGCCUUUGCAGAAAAAAAUGGCUGGAGCUAUGACAUUGAAGAGAGAAAAGUUCCGAAACCCAAGUCCAAGUCUUAUGGUGCAAACUUUUCUUGGAACAAAAGAACAAGAGUAUCCACAAAAUAGAUUGGCACUGACUGUAUCUCUACUUGACUGUGAAUAAAGUCAGCUGUGCAGUAUUUAUAGCCCAUGUAUACAUCUCUUAAUCACCUAAUAAAUUUGACCUUAAAAUUAUAGAUAGA